CCCCUCGGCAGGUGGCGUUACUGCUGUCAGGGUCCAGCCGGCCGGCGGCGGCUCAGCUCUCUCCCGGGGCCUGUGUUCGGGCCUGGCCGCUGCUGUCAGACAUGGCCGCUAAGAAGGCCGGAUCCCGGCUGGAGGUGGAGAUCGAGCGCUGCCGCUCCGAGUGCCAGUGGGACCGGAUCCACGACCUCGUCAAGCAGCUGUCCGCCAAGCUCAUCUCUAACGAUGACAUGGCCGAGCUCCUCCUUGGAGAAGCUAAGCUUGAGCAGUACCUGAAGGAUAACCCCCUAAAACAGGGCGCCAGCCCCCGAGCACCGCGGCCAAAGCUGACGGACGUCCGAAAGCACCUGACUGCGGCUUUGGACAGAGGAAACCUGAAGUCGGACUUGAUGCAAGAAGCCAACAUGAUAAUGGCUAAGCUGGACUAUGUGGAGGGCGAUUACAGGGACGCUCUGGGCAUGUUCUCUCGGGUGGGACUGGAUGACAUUCCGCUGGUGGCGUCCCCUCCUUACAAGCUGCGCAUGAUCGCCGAAGCCUUUGCAACCAAAGGUCUAUGUCUGGAAAGGCUGCCAAGUUCCUCCUCCACCAACAGCCUUCAUGUGGACCGGGACCAGGAAAUCAUCACGUGCUACGAGAAGGCCGGAGACAUCGCCCUGCUGUACCUGCAGGAGGUGGAGCGGGUGCAAACUGCAAAUAUUCAAAACCGGAGUCCAAAGCCCGGCCCAGCAGCACCGGACCAGGAGAUGAGCUUCUUCCUGGAGACCGGGCUGCAGCGAGCGCAUGUCCUCUACUUCAAGAACGGGAGCUUGACCCGAGGAGUAGGCCGAUUCCGGGAGAUCCUGAGAGCUGUAGAGACCCGCACCACCCAGAACCUGCGGAUGACAAUCGCCCGGCAGCUGGCUGAGAUUCUGCUCCGCGGGAUGUGCGAGCAGAGUUACUGGAACCCCCUGGAAGAUCCCCCCAACCAGUCGCCCUUGAAUGAUCUGCUCCGACAAGGUGUCAACACCAAAAGCUAUGCAUUAAGCCGGAGGCCGAGGGUCUACUCCGGAGAGAACAUUUUCUGUCCGCAAGAGAACACAGAAGAGGCGCUGCUACUGCUGCUGAUCAGCGAGUCCAUGGCCAACAGGGAUGCCGUGCUGAGCCGGAUCCCGGAACAUAAAAACGACCGGAUUAUCAGCCUGCAGAGCGCCUCGGUGGUGUACGACCUGCUGACCAUAGCACUGGGGCGGAGGGGACAGUAUGAAAUGCUCUCAGAGUGCCUGGAAAGAGCUAUGAAGUUUGCCUUUGAAGAGUUCCACCUCUGGUACCAGUUUGCCCUCUCCCUUAUGGCUGCAGGGAAGUCUGCCAGAGCCGUGAAAGUUUUAAAAGAAUGUAUCCGCCUCAAGCCUGAGGACGCCACAAUCCCCCUCCUCGCUGCCAAGCUGUGCAUGGGCUCUCUGCACUGGAUGGAAGAAGCGGAAAGAUUUGCCAAAAUGGUGGUCGAUUGUGCAGAUAAAAGCUCCGAAUUCAAAGCCAAAGGUUACCUGGCGCUGGGACUGGCAUACAGCUUACAGGCCUCUGAUGCGUCGCUGCGCGGCGUGCAGGAAGAUUUGCAGAGGAAAGCUCUACUGGCCUUUCAGAGGGCUCACAGCCUGUCACCUACCGACCAUCAAGCCGCCUUUUACUUGGCCCUGCAGCUGUCGAUCUCCCGACAGAUCCCAGAAGCUCUGGGUUAUGUUCGCCAAGCUCUCCAGCUCCAGGGUGACGACUCCAACUCCCUCCACUUGUUGGCGCUGCUGCUCUCCGCUCAGAAACACUACCACGAUGCGCUAAAUAUCAUAGAUAUGGCGCUGAGCGAGUACCCCGAGAACUUCAUAUUGUUAUUUACCAAGGCGAAGCUGGAGUACCUGUGCCGGGGGCCGGAUGAGGCGCUCCUGUCCUGUAAGCAUAUGCUGCAGAUCUGGAAAUCCUGCUACAACCUCACUAAUCCCAGUGACUCCGGACGUGGCAGCAGUUUACUGGACCGAGCCAUCGCCGACCGGCGGCAGCUGAACACCAUCACCCUUCCGGACUUCAGUGACCCAGAGACAGCCUCUGACUCCUCUUCCCUUUCGAGACCAGACUCUCCUCUCCACCUGUUUGUCACCUCUCAUCUUCCUCAUUCUCCUUCCAAAAACGACCCUAUAACCAAGGCCCCUGCAAGCGCUGAGCUCACCUCCGGGCCCGAACCUCCUCUCUGGCGCUCUCCAGACAUCCCCCACACUCAUGGUUUUGACUCCAUGUUUUCUGUUUGUUCUGUCCAUGCCACGUCCAUUGCGGCGUCGCGCGUCGAGCAGGCGCUUUCAGAAAUGGCCUCUUCUUUGCAGAGCAGCACCCCAAAGCAAGGCCCGCUGCACCCGUGGAUGACCCUGGCACAGAUCUGGCUUCACGCAGCGGAGGUAUACAUCGGGAUAGGGAAACCGUCAGAAGCCACCGCCUGUAUCCAGGAGGCAGCCAACCUGUUCCCCAUGUCACACAAUGUGCUGUAUAUGAGAGGUCAGGUGUCCGAGCUGAGAGGGAACAUUGACGAUGCCAAGAGGUGGUAUGAAGAGGCGCUGUCCAUCAGCCCCACUCAUGUGAAGAGCAUGCAGAGACUGAGUUUGAUCCUCCAUCAUCACGGCCGCUACAGCCUGGCGGAGAAAAUCCUGCGGGACGCCGUGCAGGUGAACUCCACGGCUCACGAAGUGUGGAAUAGCCUGGGGGAAGUGCUGCAGGCGCAGGGGAACGAUGACGCCGCCACCGAGUGCUUCCUGACCGCCCUGGAGCUGGAGGCGAGCAGUCCGAUUGUGCCGUUCACCAUCAUCCCCAGGGUCCUGUGAUGAGGAGUCUGGAGGGGAAGGGGGCAGCGGGGGGGAAGGCGAGACCUUCCCACCUCACACGCCAGUCAUGCUUCAGCGUCACAAUCGUAACCGCACCGAUCGCCGCACUCACGACCGGCUGCUCGUGUUGUCCGCAUGAAGCCUGUGUCGUGUCUUGUAUGUUAGCACAGAGUUAUCCUUCAGGGGAAUGAAGAUGGCGGCCGGCGUUACGUGCACGGUAAACGUUUCACCGCGCUGUGGCCAUUGAAGGCUAUCCAAAUACAGACUGUAUGCAGAGAUUGGCGGUUGUAUGGAGCUCCAUAUUUUAUGACUGAGCGUGCCGUUUACCUCCCCAAGUUCAGUUUUUAAUUUUCUAUAGAAAGGGGCGUGGCCAGGCGGUAGUCAUAUUUCAUAGUUUGACUCCGCCCAUAACACGCCAACAAAUUGCAUAGACCGGAGCUGCCAUACGCGUGUCACUCUAAUUCAGGCAGCGUUAAAAUGUAAGAAAGCUAAUAUUUGGUGUCAGUUACAAUAACGGACACUAAAAAUGCGUAUACGCCAUGCUAUUUUUGUGCAUCUAUUUCGAUAAAUGUGGCUGCCGCAGUCCUGGGCCGCUCGGACUGAACCGGUCAGACACGCUGUAUGAUUUCACUCGGCUACUUGUGAACGUGUCAUGGCGGCCUGUCGCCAUUGACACAUGGCUCCCAAUGAACGCUGUAAUAUUUGGGCCUGAUAAUCUAUAUAUUUCUACCAGAUUGUAAUGUACAGAGCCGGACAUUAUACAACGUCACGCGAUAAUCGGUAGAUUCACGAAAAUGUCACAGGCAUGCCGCCCUCGUAUAUGACAGCAUGGCGUCCGGUCAUGUCGUAGCAUGCAUAUUGACUCCUAUCAUUUUGGAAACAAUCAUAAGAGUCUCGUCUGUGAGGGUAAAAAAAAAAAAGGGGGGGGGGCUGGUUGCCUGUAGCAACGAGUCAGAUAUUACAUUGAUUUCAGAGUUGACCAAUCAGCUUGUGACUUUCAUUGUCUAGCAUGCAUCUGUAAAAUGUGAGCUGGAACAUGAUUGGUUGCUAUGGACGGUUACAGAAUGAAAGCAGCAAUGUGAUUGGUUAGCUUCUCUGAAGACUGGAAUGCGGUUGCUAUGGGCAACUACUAGAUCUUGUCCCUCCGUCAUAACGUCUAUGGAUAUUGUAAAUAAUCCUCCCUUCCGCCAUCGUCCCUCCCCUCCUCGUAUCGGCUCGCCGGGGGAAUGUUCCUGCCUGUCGUCCUAGAAAUCACUAUAUUAUCAGAGAUUUAUAUUUUGCCUGUUACAAGACGACGUGGAAAUAAUGUUCUAUUUAUGUUUUUUUGUUUAGUUUUUUUUUCAAUGUGGGCUCAGAGAUUAUUUAUGGGGACGUGUAAGACGCUCGGGUGACAUUCCUCGUGUUCUAUGAAGAUUUACAGAUCACAAUGUCAAUAAAAUCAUUUUUUAAAGGAA